AUGAAGUUCUCACUCAAGGGCAAAAACGGGGGAUCUCCGCCAUUGACGGACAUCUCGAAUGAAUCGACAGACCGCGAGAAACGCGGUAGCUUUGCAGAUGAAUCGCGCGUGCCGUGGGCGACAUGGCGAUCUGUUCUGCUUGGCGCGUUCGUGUCAAUUGGUGGUAUCAUUUUCGGUUAUGACACCGGACAGAUCUCGGGCUUCUUGGAGAUGCAUAACUACAAGCAGCGGUUUGCGCAAUUGAAGCCAGAUGGGUCGUAUAAGUUUAGUAAUGUCCGGUCUGGGCUGAUUGUUUCCAUGCUGUCAAUUGGAACUCUGAUCGGAGCCUUGCUCGCAGGGCCAUUGACUGACCGUAUUGGACGGAAGUGGUCCAUCUUCUUCUGGUGUAUUAUUCUUCACGUUGGAUUGAUCAUUCAAAUCUCUUCGCCGGGGGGCAAAUGGUAUCAAAUGAUGAUGGGGAGAUUCGUCACUGGAUUCGGAGUAGGAGCUUGCUCACUGCUGGUCCCAAUGUAUCAGGGUGAGAUUGCACCGCGACAUAUUCGAGGUGCAAUGGUUUGCUCGUACCAACUUUUCGUGACACUCGGCAUUUUCGUGGCCUAUUGUAUCAACUUUGGCACAGAGAGUAUGGACAGCUCGGCGUCCUGGCGAAUUCCCUUGGGGAUCACUUUCCUCUGGGGUCUCAUUCUGGGAAUUGGUAUUCUCUUCUUCCCCGAGAGCCCCCGUUUUGACUUCCGACAUGGCCGGGUCGACCGGGCCCGGCGGACCAUGUCCAAGUUAUAUGGCGUACCGGAGAACCACCGUGUCAUUGUCCAAGAGAUUAAUGAGAUCCAAGAACAGUUGGACGCGGAGAAAGGUUCGAAAGGUGGCAUAUAUGGAUGGGUGGAGAUGUUCCAGGCGCCACGCAUGCCCUAUCGGAUUGUUCUCGGGGUGGUUCUCCAGGCCUUGCAGCAGCUCACCGGUGCCAAUUACUUCUUCUACUAUGGAACUGUGAUCUUCAACGGCGCCGGCAUCGACAAUACAUAUGUGACGCAGAUGAUCUUGGGCGGGGUGAACUUCGGCACGACUUUUGGCGGAUUGUACGUGAUUGAGCAUUUUGGUCGUCGGAAGUCUCUGAUGACCGGUGGGAUCUGGAUGUUCUGCUGCUUCAUGAUUUUUGCCUCGGUGGGCCAUUUUUCCCUUGACCUCGAGACACCUCGCAACACUCCCGCUGCUGGCACUGCGAUGGUUGUUUUCGCAUGUCUGUUCAUCACUGGGUUUGCCAUGACCUGGGGGCCGAUGGUGUGGGCCAUUGUGGCCGAACUGUACCCUUCACGAUACCGGGCGCGAGCCAUGGCGAUGGCCACCGCCUCGAACUGGCUGUGGAAUUUCCUGAUUGGGUUCUUCACGCCGUUCAUCACUGGAGAUAUCGACUUUGCAUAUGGGUAUGUCUUUGCGGGAUGUUUGUUCUUCUCCGUCCUCAUUGUCUACUUCUUUGUCCUCGAGGGCAAGGAUAAAACCCUGGAGGAGAUGGACAUGAUGUAUGUGAUGCGGGUGCCGCCAUGGAAGAGCAGCAAGUGGCAGCCCCCGUCGCCACAGGACCGACUGACGACGGAUCAAUUGAUGGACCGAAAGGUGGCGAAGAAGUACGAUCGGGAAGAGGAGACGUCGAACAAGAAGGUUUCUGAGGGAGCUCCGGGACAUUUGCAUGCUGAGAAUGCCAACGAUGCAGCUGGGCCAUCCAACUUUUAG